AUGACCCUUAACAGAGAUGGUGAGCCAACUGACAAAAUCAGGGCUGGCUCCUCGACCGUUUUAUCAAGCGAUAUCCUCCUGGUAGAGCAACCACCCAGGAGUUCUCCUAAACUGUUGCCAUACUACUCUGCUCCCAUCACGAUGUCGCAAGGGAAAACCUCUUACAAUACCUUGGUCGCGCUGACCGUAGCGACGGGCUCGAUCUCCUAUGGCUACCUCAUCUCCAUCGUCGGCAGCACCUUGAGCAAGCCGGACUGGUAUGAGUACUUUGGACUCGUCACUUCGGGUCCAGGGCUCGACCAUUCCAAUGCCCUGAUCGCCGCCAUGCAAUGUCUGUUCUACGUCGGCUCUCUGAUUUGCAACCUGUUCUACCCAUAUGUGUCCGACCGAUGGGGUCGUCGAACGCCUAUUGCCGUGGGAUCCAUCAUUACCAUUAUCGGUGGCGCGCUGCAGACUGGAUCCGUCCAUCCAGCCAUGUUCAUUGUAGCUCGUUUCAUAUCCGGCUUUGGCGCUGUCUUCUUCAUGUGCGGUGUUCCUCUGUACCAGGCUGAGAUUGCGCCACCCAACAUGCGCGGAUUCUUGGUGGGCUUGCACGGCGCGCAAGUCGGUACGGGAACGCUUGUGGCCCAGUGGAUUGGCGUUGCCUUCUACCAUGUCAACGGUUCAGGUGGCUGGCGAGGACCACUGGCAAUCCAAUGCCUCUUUCCAGCUCUGAUCCUAGGACUCAUUUGGCUCCUUCCAGAAAGCCCUCGUUGGUUGUACAUGAAGGGUCGCUCGGAAGAUGCGUUGAAGGUGUUGAUUCGACUGCAUUCGAGCAAGUCGUCCGAAUCACACGAGUUUGCGGACCGAGAGUACCAGAUUCUUAAGGCUCAAAUCGAUUUUGAAACUCCUUCGAAAACGUCACUCUGGAAAAUGGUGAAACAGCCGCCGCUCCGAAAACGGUUGGUCAUUGGCUUUAUCACCAUGUUUGGCACGCAGUGUAUUGGGACACUCAUCAUCCUUGCGUAUGGUCCAGUCAUCUUCGGUACUCUCGGCUAUGGGCCCUUUACCAUUGCACUGCUGUUUGCCGCCUGGACCGUUUUGAAUCCAAUUGGCAACCUCAUCGGCGGCUGGCUGAACGACAAGGUUAACCGCUGUACAUUGCUACUGAUUGGAUACUCCGGCGCAAGUGCCUGGAUGAUUUGUGUCGCUGUCCUGAUCAAGCUGUACGCUGGCACGGCGAACAAGGCAGGCAACAGCGCCGUCGUAUUUUUCAUUUUCUUGGAUCUUAUCUGGAUCACAACAUUCAUCGAGGCAACUUCUUUCAUCUACGUCUCCGAGAUUUACCCCAGCUACAUGAGAUCCCAGGGAGUCUCGCUUGGAAUGUCGGGGCUGUUCAUGAUCUCUUUGAUCCUCACGGCAGUGACUCCAACGGCUUUAGCCCACAUUGGCUGGCGCUACUAUAUCGUCUUUGCGGUUCUCUCUGCCGUCAUGGGCAUCAUCGUCGCCAUUUGGUGGCCCGAGACCCGUGGGUACACUCUCGAGCAGCUCGGAGCUGUCUUUGGUGAUAAAGUCGUCGCGGUGGAGCAGCUUGUUCUGCCUGGAGGUUCAAAACGCAACAGCUACGAGCAGGUCGAGGAAGUGAGCGUCGAUAUUCCCGAGGUCGAAGCUAAGAGCGCCCAUUGA